AUGACGCUGGCGAAGUUCUUCUUGCUCUUGGUGUCCUCGUGGAUCUUCACCACCGUGCAAGGCAACGCCGGGUGCUCACUCUUCAACUGGUGCAACGGGCAUGGCACGUGCAACACAGGCACCAGAACGUGCACGUGUUAUGAGGGCUGGGGGGCAGACACCGACCUUACCCUGUACCGUGCUGCGGAUUGUUCUGCGCGAGUAUGCCCUGCCGGCAAGGCGUGGGGAGACGUACCAACAGGAUCCUUGAGCGCACACCAGGAGCAGGAAUGUUCCGGCAGGGGACUUUGUGAUCGAGACAGUGGAGAAUGCGAAUGUUUUGACGGAUUUACUGGAGCAGCCUGCGAGCGAUCUGGCUGCCCGGACGAUUGUUCAGACCACGGCCGUUGCGUCAAUAUGAAAGCCUUAGCGGUGACUUCAGAUGCACUCCCUCUCUCCAACGUGACUACAUAUUCAGGAGAAGACGACACAGUCACAUGGGAUGAAGAAAUGAUCUUCGGGUGCGUGUGCGAUUCAAAGUGGGAGGUCGGGCUUGGUGCGGGGCAAACGCAAGAGCCUGAGUGGUUUGGGCCCGACUGUUCUUUGAGGCAUUGCCCUAGCGGUGACGAUCCGUCCACUGAUGUGGACGAGACGGACUGUUUCAACGUUACGUCUUCGUCGGUCUACCUAGGCACAGCGGGCCGUGCGGGCAACCUCUGCCACGUGGACUGCUCAAAUCGAGGGACGUGCGACUACGCAACAGGCCUAUGUGAAUGUUUCACAGGAUACUACGGUUUCAACUGCGGGCAGCAAUCCGUGCUCGCCAAGUAG